UGUCAGGGCAGUUCCCCCGCUGAGGGGCCGGGCCGGGCCGGGCCGAGGGAGGUUGGCUGCCGGUUCGCGCGGCCUCUUCGCCUGGCGGCGGGACAGCCCGCGCGCAGCUAGGGGCCGCCCUCCAGCGCGCAGCCCGCUGCUGCAGCACCAUGGCCGCCUCCGCAGCGCCCUGCUACUUGGGAUGGGACUUCAGCACCCAGCAGCUUAAAGUUAUUGCCAUUGAUGAGCAGCUGAGAGUCAUCUAUGAGGAUAACAUUCAUUUUGACAAAGACCUUCCGGAAUUUGGGACUCAUUGCGGUGUCCAUGUCCACAGUGAUAAGCUGACAGUGACUUCACCUGUGUUAAUGUGGGUCAAGGCUCUGGAUAUGAUCUUGGAGAAGAUGAAGUCUUCUGGCUUUAACUUCUCUCAUGUGAGAGCUUUUUCUGGGGCUGGACAGCAACAUGGAAGCGUGUAUUGGAAAGAAGGAGCCAGCCAAAUUUUAAAUAAUUUAUCACCUGAUCUUCCUUUACAUCAAUUACUAAAGGCUUGUUUUUCUGUCAGUGACAGCCCUGUCUGGAUGGAUUCGAGUACUACUACCCAGUGCUUAUCUCUUGAGAAAGCUGUUGGAGGGGCACAGCACCUAGCUAAUAUCACUGGUUCACGAGCAUGCGAGCGUUUUACAGGAAACCAGAUAGCAAAGAUUUACAGCCAGAAUCCUGAGGUCUACGCACAAACUGAGAGAAUCUCUGUGGUUAGUAGCUUUGCAGCAUCCCUUUUUCUAAGUGCUUAUGCACCCAUCGAUUAUUGUGAUGGUUCUGGAAUGAAUUUACUGCAGAUUUGUGAUAAAAUAUGGUCCACCACCUGCCUCAAUGCUUGUGCGCCUGGAUUAGAAGAAAAGCUGGGACCUGUUGUGCCAUCCAGCUCAAUAUUGGGCUCAGUUUCUCCAUAUUAUAUUCAGCGCUACGGGUUUAGUCCAGACUGUAAAGUAGUAGCAUUUACCGGGGACAAUCCAGCAUCGCUUGCAGGAAUGAAACUUGAAGAAGGGGACAUUGCGAUUAGUCUUGGCACAAGCGACACAUUGUUUCUUUGGAUUAAAGAACCAACGCCUGCAUUAGAAGGUCAUAUUUUCUGCAAUCCUGUUGACUCUCAAGCCUAUAUGGCACUUUUAUGUUUUAAGAAUGGCUCUCUAAUAAGAGAGAGGAUCAGAGAUGACUGUGCUUCAGGCUCCUGGGACGAAUUCUCCAAAGCCCUAAAAUGUACUGUUGUUGGAAACGAUGGAAACCUAGGUUUCUAUUUUGAUGUGAUAGAGAUUACUCCUGAAGCUGUUGGGAUUCACAGAUUCAACAGAGACAACAACAAGGUUCCAGACUUUCCAAAGGAGGUGGAGAUACGAGCAUUGAUCGAAGGACAGUUCAUGGCCAAGAGGAUUCAUGCUGAAAAGCUGGGAUAUAAAAUCAUGCCAAGAACAAGGAUUUUGGCCACUGGUGGAGCAUCAUAUAAUAAAGAAAUCUUACAGGUCCUGUCUGAUGUGUUUAGCGCACCAGUGUAUACUAUUGACACCGCCAACUCUGCUUGUUUAGGAUGUGCGUACAGAGCAAUUCAUGGGCUUGUGGCAGAAACAAGUGUGUCCUUGGUAGAGGUAGUGAAAUUAGCACCAGAGCCUAGAUUAGUUGUUACACCAACUGCUGGGGCAGACCAGAUCUACCAGCCCCUUCUGAAAAGAUAUGCAGAGCUUGAACAAAAGGUUCUCUACAGUCCAAUCUCAUCUCAUCGGGCUAAAUAGCAA